AGGAGUUUCUAACAUUUUCCGAGGGUUUUGAGCCCCAGCAAACUUCCCAUCGUUCCAUUCAAUUCCAAAUACACAACUCGCAACGCAACAAAAGCUAACAUGGAACCAAAGCCAUCAAGCCUCAAACCGCUUCCCGAGGAAGAUCAAGAUCAUGAUCAAGAUCGACUGCAAUCUGAUCAUGCUCCUACGAAUGCGCCGUCUGCUUUCUCCUCAAAACCCAUUCGUCCUCCCACUCAAACAUCUUCGCAAAAAUACUCCCCGUUAGAUUGGAAAGGCUAUUUUGACCAAGAGGAUGAUGUUUGCAUCCCUGACACAAACGAUGUUUUCCACAUAUAUACUGCAGGAAAGGAAGGACCAGUUGUAUUUUGUCUACACGGGGGUGGAUAUUCUGGGCUUUCGUUUGCAAUGUCAUCACGCUUAAUUAAGGAGAAAGCAAGGGUAGUAGCAAUGGACCUGAGAGGACAUGGGAAAUCAUCCACAGAAAAUGAAAUAGACAUGUCUAUUGAGACCCUAUCUAGUGAUGUUCUUGCUGUUUUGAAGACAAUGUACGGAGAUAGUCCACCAGCAAUCGUGCUUGUUGGCCACAGCAUGGGUGGAUCAGUUGCAGUGCAUGUGGCAGCAAAGAAAACAUUACGUAGUCUUGCUGGACUUGUGGUUGUUGAUGUUGUUGAGGGGACAGCUAUGGCUUCGUUGAUGCAUAUGCAGAAAAUUCUCUCAAACAGAAUGCAGUAUUUUUCGACUCUUGAGAAAGCGAUCGAGUGGAAUGUCAGAGGAGGCUCUUUAAGAAACAUUGAAUCUGCUCGAAUAUCAAUUCCUGGGACCUUAAAGUAUGAUGAUUCACAAAUGUGCUAUUGUCACAGAGCACGAUUGCAGGAAACAGAACAAUAUUGGAGAGGAUGGUAUGAAGGCCUAUCGGAGAAGUUUCUAUCAUCUCCUGUACCAAAGCUGUUGCUGUUAGCUGGAACAGAUAGACUCGACAGGGCUCUUACAAUCGGACAAAUGCAGGGAAAGUUCCAAAUGGUGGUUGUCCGACAUACUGGCCAUGCAAUACAGGAAGAUGUACCCGAGGAAUUUGCAUCACUUAUACUCAAUUUCAUCGCACGCAAUCGAAUAGGUCCUUAUGGAGUUGAGAUUCCAGGAAUCCGCCGGCCAUCACAGCCACAUGGUUGAACAAUGAUUAUAUGAGAGGGCCUGGUGCAAAAUGAUUAACCAUCCAUCAUUCAUGCGCGAAUGAAGAUUAGAGUUAUAUUAUUGCUAAUGGUCUGGUAGGGUUCAUCCUUAAACUUUUGUUAAAUACAAAUCAACUUGCAUCCUCAAAUAUGGCACAAGUUGUAUGUAUAAUUGUGUUAUGGUUCACUGAUGUUCUCUUUGUCCAAAAUCAACAUAUGUCUUUGAA